AUCGGGCGCUCCGAAAGCUGACGGAGAGGGCCGCCGCCCAGCAGCAGGCUCUGUCUCAGCCAGGCGAGCCGCAGUCUCAGUGGUGUGUGAGUGAGUCCGGGCCCGGUCCCCUCUCCCGCCGCCGCCAUGGGCUGCACACUGAGCGCCGAAGACAAGGCGGCGGUGGAGCGGAGCAAGAUGAUCGACCGCAACUUGCGGGAGGACGGAGAGAAGGCGGCCAAAGAAGUGAAGCUGCUGCUCCUCGGUGCUGGAGAAUCUGGUAAAAGCACUAUCGUGAAACAGAUGAAAAUCAUUCAUGAGGACGGCUAUUCAGAGGAAGAAUGUAAACAAUAUAAAGUAGUUGUCUACAGCAAUACUAUACAGUCCAUCAUUGCAAUCAUAAGAGCCAUGGGACGGCUAAAGAUUGACUUUGGAGAAGCUGCCAGAGCAGAUGAUGCCCGGCAAUUAUUUGUUUUAGCUGGCAGUGCUGAAGAAGGAGUCAUGACUCCAGAACUAGCAGGAGUGAUUAAACGGUUAUGGCGAGAUGGUGGGGUGCAAGCUUGCUUCAGCAGAUCUAGGGAAUAUCAGCUCAAUGAUUCUGCUUCAUAUUACCUAAAUGAUUUGGAUAGAAUAUCCCAAAGCAACUACAUUCCAACCCAGCAAGAUGUCCUGCGGACAAGAGUGAAGACCACAGGCAUUGUGGAAACGCAUUUCACCUUCAAAGACCUAUACUUCAAGAUGUUUGAUGUAGGUGGCCAAAGAUCAGAACGAAAAAAGUGGAUUCACUGUUUUGAGGGAGUGACAGCAAUUAUCUUCUGUGUGGCCCUCAGUGAUUAUGACCUUGUUCUGGCUGAGGAUGAGGAGAUGAACCGAAUGCAUGAAAGCAUGAAACUGUUUGACAGCAUUUGUAAUAACAAAUGGUUUACAGACACUUCAAUCAUUCUCUUCCUCAACAAGAAAGACCUUUUUGAGGAAAAAAUAAAGAGGAGUCCGUUAACUAUCUGUUAUCCAGAAUACACAGGUUCCAAUACAUAUGAAGAAGCAGCUGCUUACAUUCAGUGCCAGUUUGAAGAUCUGAACAGAAGAAAAGAUACCAAGGAGAUCUACACUCACUUCACCUGUGCCACGGACACCAAGAAUGUACAGUUUGUUUUUGAUGCUGUUACAGAUGUCAUCAUUAAAAACAACUUAAAGGAAUGUGGACUUUAUUGAAGAGUGUGGAUAUUAAUAAAAGUUAUUACAGUGUGGAGUGUUGAGACCAGACUUCUUUUGCUGUCUCGUUGGGCAGCUGCAAGCAUGAACGGGACCAGGGAAUGGCAGCAGCAUGCAGAAUCUUAGCACUCUUUAGCACAAUCUUCUGUAUUAGGGAACUCUUAAUUGACACCAGAUGCUAAAGUCAUACCUUGGCAUUGGAACAACUGUAAAGUAUGAUUCAGUCAUCAAGACAUCAUUUGGAUUUCGCAAUCUCAAAUGUUGAGGGCAGAUGUGAAGUUGAGGUGCUGCAUUCCAGAACUUCAAUAUGUAGCUUACUCCUUUUUUUCCCUUCUUAGAAAAAACACCAGUAUUUCAUUUUUAAAGUUUUUUUUUCAUCAAGUGAAGAAUAACUUUACUAAAUUUUAUUUCUGUUUGUGAAAGAAUCUUUAUUAAAACACAAACAAUCUUAACUAUGCACAUGAUGUGACCAGAUCAUCUUGAAAAUAUUCCUCUUAGUAGGAACGCUUUGUUUUUAACUCUUGGUAUGGUCUGAAUAUAAUAUUUCCAUAAUUACUUAAUUCUUUACAGUUAUUGGGGCUAUAAUUAUAGCUUUUUUGGAUGAAAUUUAUGUUACUAUACUGUUCAAAGUACCAUUAUGGUUCUAAAGGGUAAUUACAUUGGAGAGUUCUGUAAUAAGAUUCUAGCUCUCUCUUUUUUUAAGCUUAUGGUUGAAGGAUAAUCUGGUUUAUGCUGAUUACCAAAUUACUAGGUAAAUGCUGAUGUAGUAUGAUAAAGUCAACUUCUCGGAUACACACACACCCGGGGGCAGCUGCCAAUUAGAAACGCAAAUUGCUAAAUUCCAAACAGAACCAGUGACUUUGCUGCUACAUAUCUACUAAAUUGACCACUUUGAUUCCUGCUUGUUUGUCUCAGUCAUAGGGAGUUCUGUAAAAGAUGCCCCUUGUUUUCCAUCUUUCAUGGCUUUUUCUGUUGGGAAACUUCUAAAGUGUAUUAACAGUGCAUGCUUUUACUUUGUAAAUGUGGUGCCAAAUCCCUGUUUGCCGUUGUUUUUAUUGUAGCAAUGUUAAUUGUAGUAAUCCGUAGUCAGUACCUUCUUUUGCUGAAACUAUUGCAUUUUGGGACCUUUUUCCACUUUGUCGUGUAUACAGAUUUUAAUCUGUUAUAGUUGGCAGCAGUAUUAAAAUGGUGAGUAAAGAGUCCAGGUUUGUUCCUGUUUGUAACUAGUCUUUUCUGGAAUAUUUUCUUCUGUUUCUUUUUGCCCCUGCUGAGUGUGCUUUGGCCUUUGUCUGAGAAUGGGUUUAGGUGGAAGGGUUCCCUGAAGGUCUAGUCUGUUGGUGUAAUAGUAUUGUUGAGUCUUGGCCUGACUGAGGGUCUUAUGUCAUAUUCAUGUAAGUGAUAUGCAGUCAUAAUCCAUUUUCCAGAUUUACGUUUUGGUUGUGUGGAGAGCUAUGUUCACCUCAGCCUGCAGGUCGUUUUGUACAAUGUACAGCAGAUGUCAUUAAAUAUGAAUGGUCCAUUGGGGGAAGGCAAAUGAAGAGAAUGCAUUUUGAGCAUUCCAAAUCAGUAGUUUGAGCAGUGCCUUUUGGGUCCAGUCUUUUGGGAUUGGAUUCUAUUUCAUCUUUUGCUGUGACCUUUCACUAGUUUUAAAAAAAAAAUGUUGGUCGUCAUCAAAGCUGGUUCAGAAAGCAAGCCACAGCAGUUCAGUGCCUUUAUUGGUAGUUUUUUUUUCUUUCUUGUUUUCUUUGGAAAAGUAUAACUAUGCAGAUGAUAUAACUAUAUUAUUUAACAAUUUUUUUUAGGGUUGGGAAACUGGGUCUAAAAGAAAAUCGUCAGCUUCAACUGGUGAUUGACUUAUACCCCCAGUGUAAAUAGGGUUGAUAGUUCUUGUUCAUUUUGACAAUAUCUUUUCCUUUUGUAUUCUGUAAUAAGGGUCAUCUGGAAAUGAGAACUGGUGGAAUUUGUUUUAACUGUAGUCUUUCUAUAGUCCAGGCUAAUGGGAUGGUGUUAUUGAUAACCUAAAAUAACAGAUAAUCCAAAAAAGUUAAUUUUGCUUUGAAAAAUGUGUUUUAUAUUUCAAUUGAAUAUGUCUAUCUUAUAUGUUCAUUUUUUAGCCCUUAUGUUAAUGAAAAUAGUAGUUCUCCACUUUUCUGCCUCUAUACCAUUUACAUUUGUUCUAUUUUCACAUGAAGAUCACCACUUAUCCCGCCAUCCCAAAUAACUUAUCUAAAUGCACAUUUCUUGAGGACACAGGGACACAAUUUAAGUCAGUGGUCUUUAAAUGUGCCUUAAAUCAAAAUCACCUGGAUCUACCUGAGAGAUUGACUCUUGACUGGUGGGCUGGCAAUCUAUAAUUCGAAAAAGGUGAUUCUGAUCAUCAGCCUUGCAAAUCACUAUUGUAUUUUCAAAUAAAAGACCUUUUCUUAUAGCAGAGCCAGAAUGUGGGGAUGAAACAUCAAAUCUAUUAGCCUGGAGAAAAAGGAUUGAUAGUUGUAAUCAAAGAAACUAUAAGUUGCCUUGUGUCUUUUUUGUGGAGGAUGCUGGAGAUUUGUGAUCUAUCGUGUUUCAGAAUUUGGAUGGCCAGGCUUUGGAGUAUCCAGGAAAUCAGCACAUCUAAGGAAAUUAAACUUUUAUGAAUAAAGAACAGUAAAUAGACCCUACCAGGAAGGACUGCAACAAUAGCUUUAUUUUGUUGACAGUCACAUCUUCUCCACCUGAUUAAAACCUUGGGGUAUAGAAUUGCCAUCCGUUAGGCUCUAUGUAAAGAGGAAGUAUUCUGCUCCUUAAUGGCCUGUCUUCCCUAAGCUUAUAAAUUCAGCUCUGAACAGAUUUCACCUCCUGGCAUGAAAAUUCCAAGAACGUUUACAAUUAUUCGUAAGUGGAUCUUGAGAUGACAUUUUCAUCUUGGACAGUUUGAAUUCUAAAUCUCUAGUUUUGUGUGUCAUUUUAUUAUUAUUUUCACUAAUGGAUUGUUAUUUUUCACAAGGUGCUGCAUUCUAAGAAUAGAUGGACCAAAUUCUAAAAAACUGUUUUCUUGCCUUGUUUAUUUUUUAUUCUCUUAUGUAUUCUAUUUGUGUUUUAUUGUAUGCACUCUUUGGAGUGUUUAAAAAUAACUGCUGGUUCUUCUAAUUCAUUUGCCCACUUUAUAUUCUUACAUCGUGACCACUCUUCUCUGAUUUGUAGCUGUGACUUUCUUUGGACAUUGCUUGCCAGGCUUGACUAGUUACUUCAGCUAUUUAUCCAUUUGCUUAGCAUAGUUCUGGAGUUUCCUGUUGUAGAGCUCCUUGCUGUACUGGUGGUUACAUAUAAGGUAGUCUCUCAUUCCAGUUGAAAACCUACCUUUGAUUGAUUUUUUUUUCCUUUCCAGAUGUUCAAAAAAAUCACAGUCCUCAAUUAUGCAAACCUAAAACAGCACUCAUUCCCUUCACUCAUUACUUAUGAAAUCUUGCAUCUGUGGUACUGACUUUAAGAACAACAUUGUCUCAGUUUCACAAUACUGCCAGGUGAUUUUGUGUUCUACUUCAGGCUUGAUAGUACAAAUCAGAGAUCCGACCUGGACCAACCACAGCUCUCCAUAUAGUUUUAUGGCCAUCCAAGCACAAGAGAAAACCAGGUUGCUUAGAGGCCCAAAAUUGAAAGUGGAUCUUGCCAUCAACUAUCAGGAAGUAAAAGAAAGAUUUAAGUGAAGGACCAGAGAGCUAACUUCAAGGAUGGUUGAGAUCUUUGUUCCUUUACCUUUGUUUAGGUUUUAAACAUCCCCACCCCUCCAGUGUUCUCAUAACCUUUUUUGACUUACUUCUGCUGAGGAGAGCACACUUCAGAACAAAUCAGGGCAGGACAGCUUUUUUCUGAUACUGUGUCAGGCCUAGACCUGGCCUGCCUCAAGUCUUCUCAGGAAUAAGAGAUAGGGAAUGUUAUACAGCAGUAGAUAGCUGAGGUGCAAGGUUCACAUAUACAGAUUCCCUGGCUAAAUGCUACUAAAUUAAGAUGUCUGUGACAGGUCCUGGGAAUAUGUAUUUUUAAGUAAAUUUCUCAGGUGGUUCUGGUGCAGCUAACCUGGGCCAACAUUUGGGGCCAACUAAAUAGGACCCUUAAAGUAAAGAUCAACACAAAUAGUUGACAGAUAACGUCAAAAAUCACUAGUAAACAACUUCUGAGUUAUUUUUUUGCCAAUAAGUAAGAAGCACCUUUUGUACCUGACUUAAAGUGCCUUUUACCAAAAAAAUUAGUAUUGGGACUCUUUGGUCAGAGAACAUUCCUACAUUUUAGAUAAUUUAGUUUUUAUACAAAAUUAAGAUAAAGCAAGACACUUGGAGUUUCCAAAUGUUUAUUUCAUUUAUUUCACCACAUUUAUUUAUGCAGUGAAAAUUGAAAGAUAACACACACCAAAGUAAAGAUAAAAUCCUAUGACAGAGGUAACUGUAUGUAAUGACAUGAAUGUUCAUUUACAGUUGGUGCAUAAAGAGCAAAGCUAGCUGGCACUAAACUAUAGAAUGAAAGUCUUUUUGAGAGGCUGUGGAAGAGGUAGGUAAGGGGAAUGAUUGAGGAGUCAAAUAUAAAAGUCUUUGUAUGCCCAGUGCUAAUGUUUUCUCUUCCUGAAAUCUAGUGGGAACCAACAAGCCAGCAGAAAAAAAUCAGAUAUUUAGUAAAUACACUGCUGGGAUACACUGUCUCAAUGUAUUAGCAUUUACUAAGCUGUAAGAUCUUUGACAGCUGGAAUAUUAAAUUCUAUACAACCUAUCUUACCUUUCUCCUAUCCUCUGUUACCCCCCUCAUAUUCCUUGGGGUUAUCCAGACAUUUUUGCCAAGAGCCUUGUUUAUAUGCAAGAGAGAGAAUCCCAGUAGACAUAACAAAUCACAAGAAAUUACCUGUUCUUUCCUACUGUUCAUCCUUGCUCAUGUAGGAUAAAUGUCCUGAGACCUUGCAGAAUCUUAGGAGGUUGAGUUGUUUGGCACGCUGGGUUCUGGUCUUUUCCCUGCUUCCACCUAGCCAUGAAAUCUUCAGCCUUUCAUCCUUCAUCUGUUACUUAAAGAGGACUAAAUUAUUCCUCUGGCUAUGAUGUUCUACAGUUCUGACCAAAUAGAAAUAACAUAUUUAAAAGUGCUUUGUAAAUAUUCUUUAUGAUCCUCAAGGUGAUACUGCACUGCAAAAAAAGUAAUCUAAGGCCAUACCAAAAAAUGUAUUCAAUGUAGCUGGUUGUCUUUUCUUAGCAUCACUUUUCCCAUAUUCAUUUUGGAGACCUGAAAUGAAGUUCAACUAUAAAUUUGCUCUAAAAUUUGUGAAGCAGGGUGAAAAGCCCUUUGCUUUGUUUUGCAUUUAAAUUCAGUUUUCUCUUCGUACUAGUGCUUACUUUUUCAUGCUGAAAGACAGAACAAUUCCCUUCUGCAAUCUGCAGUAUGUCUGUCUGACCUCACAGAAAUGUCUUCACACUUUUACCUAGCAGGAUCACCAGAGGCUCUGGCACACUUGCAGUCCCUGGCCCAACACUGAAGUCCUGCUGGAAUCUGUGCUCCAGGGGCUGUGCCGGGUAGAGAGGGCAGUGGGAGGUAAGAGCUCUUCACCCUUCACCACCUUCUCCACCCAGCAUGGCCGGCACACUUUGGUCUACGGCACAUCUCCAAGUAGAGAGUGGGUUUUGAAUGCUGUCGUUUCUCACCUUGGGGAUGGGGCUACCCUGAUGUGGACUGUUUGGGGUACAUGUAAGUGACUUUUUUAUUAGAGUGGGAACUGUUACAAGUAAACAUGUCUUAUUUUAUAUUGCUUUUAAGACUGAAUUUUUGUACUUCUUUUAUCCAUCCUUUUUAUCCACAGAAACAUAAAGGCACAUUUCCAAUUA